AUGUCGUAUGCGCAUGCAGUGGUGGAACAAACACACAAUGUUUGCGGCACAGAAGUUCACGCUUCACUGUUCUACUCAAGUUUACAAAAGGCUUUAACUGGAGAAAAACCAACCCUGACUGAUAAAAUAUCCACGAAAGUGAACGUUCCUGUCAGUGAAGAGCUGCUCCGUUUCUUUGAAACCAAUGAGCGAUGCAGAAAACAACUGGAGAACGAGGCCAAACUGCUUCACGCCAAAGUGCUUAUUGACAGCUCCGCCGCAGCAAAUGAACUGAUUCUGGAGAUGGACGUCAACAAAGAGUCGCUGGCUGCGCUGCAGAUCGCUCCCACGUGGGAGUCCAAGACAAUGAGAGAAGCAGAGUCGUUUCUGAGCAGAUAUGACACAGCAGAGCUGCCGGCGGAGAAGGACGUCUGGACCAGAGCGGAGAACGACUGUAACUGUCUCAUCACGCUCGACACGGCGCUCUCCUACAGGGAGCUCCACUCUAAAGCUGUGAUUGCUGGAGUGAAAGAGGAGGUGAAGGUCCUGUCAGACAAGAUCACGACGCUCCUGAAGAACACUGCUGCUGAGGUGGAAGUGGAAAGAAACACAGCCGAGGUGGACAUCCAACUAGACUGCAGAGAGACGUUUGAUUUAAUAAAAGAGCGUGUGGAGUCCAGAUUAGGGCAGGUGAGUUUAUCACAUGAUGAGAAGCAGCACAUCAUCUCCCUCAGAGGUCUGAAAGAUCAAGUACAUUCAGUGGAGAUGCUCAUCAAGCAAGCGCAGAAGAACAUCGUCAAGCACCAGCUGAAGCUUUCUUCACAUCUGAGUCACUUUCUGAAGUCUCUGGAUCUUGAAAAGUUUGAGCAAGACUAUUUUCUCCCAAGCCACAUUCCAGCUAGACUUUUAAAGCGACAGGAUUUUUUUGGUAUCUUAGUUGAGAAAGAAAACCUGAAGAGAGCUGAAGACAAAAUAAGAGAGAUUCUCAAAGAGCAGGUUAUACAGCUUUCUCCCAAUCAGACCGGUGACACGUGGACACACUUUCUCAGGAAUCUUCAAGAUGACAUAGAAUCGUUCCAGAAAGCUCACGACAUCAGGAUCGCACAAUCAAAUAAUGAGGUUAUAAUAUGUGGGUUUUCCAGUGCAGUUGCAGAUGUUACCGGAAAAGUGAAGAGAUAUCUGGACAACAAGGAACCGACAACUGAGAACGUCCCUCUGAAAUCUGUGCGAGAAGCUGAAUUUGUGGAGUCCUGCCUGAAUCUGUCCGAGCUCCCAGAACUCAAGAGCCUCGGCUCGACGGUACUCGCUUACAGAACAUCAAACUGCCCUUGUCUGAAGAUCACAGCAGCUAAAGACAAUAUCAAAGACGCGGUGCGUGUCGUACAGCAGCAGAGCUCAUCCAUUCUUAUGGAGAGCCAUAAAUAUAGCAAAGCAGGAGAAGCAAAGUUUCUGGAGAAACAUGAAGCCAACGUGAAGACCAAAGCUGAGGAGAUGCAGUGCAGUCUGUAUUUAUCACAAGAGCAUGUGGUCAAAUCCAGCCCUCCAAAGAGCUUCACACACAAAAUAGGCAACUUCAUGACUCUGAGUAUCGCAGAAGGAGACCUGCACCAUUUCACAGCCGACGCUUUGACCUGUCCAAUGAAUGCCAAUCUAGCUUUCAGUAACCCUGUGGCUCAGUGCUUUCUCCAGUUCGGAGGAGACGAGAUUUCAGAGGUGUGUAAAACUCAGCAGAAGCAACAGCAGAGUCUUCUGCCUGGAGACGUGGUGCUCAGUGAUGCUGGGAAACUCAACACCGGGACGCUCAUUUACGCCGUGUUGCCUCAGAAAGGACAGAGGCUGGACUCUCACUACCUUCAGUCAGCCGUGUAUAACAGUCUCCUGAAAGCUGAAGGAAAAGGAUGCGCCUCGAUGGCACUCCCAGCAGUCGGUUGUGAAAGCUUCGGCUUCUCUGUCAAAGACAGCUGCGUGGCACUCCGAGCCGCUGUACUGCAGUUCUGCAGCGACCGUCAGAAUUCUCCUAAAAACAUCAGAUGCAUCAGUAUAGUGGAUUCAGACGAGGAGAUCGUUGAGGAGUACAACACUCUGAUCCAGGAACUAGGAUUUCCUGACACAUCUACAACGGUUCCCCUACAAUCCUUGAAGCUAAAACACGGAUCAGACACGAGAGAGGUGUGUAAAACUCAGCAGAAGCAACAGCAGAGUCUUCUGCCUGGAGACGUGGUGCUCAGUGAUGCUGGGAAACUCAACACCGGGACGCUCAUUUAUGCCGUGUUGCCUCAGAAAGAACAGAGGCUGGACUCUCACUACCUUCAGUCAGCCGUGUAUAACAGUCUCCUGAAAGCUGAAGGAAAAGGAUGCGCCUCGAUUGCACUCCCAGCAGUCGGUUGUGAAAGCUUCGGCUUCUCUGUCAAAGACAGCUGCGUGGCACUCCGAGCCGCUGUACUGCAGUUCUGCAGCGACCGUCAGAAUUCUCCUAAAAACAUCAGACGCAUCAGUAUAGUGGAAUCAGACGAGAAGAUCGUUGAGGAGUACAAUGCUCUGAUCCAGGAACUAGGAUUUCCUGACACAUCUACAACGGUUCCCCUACAAUCCUUGAAGCUAAAACACGGAUCAGACACGAGAGUGCUGAUCAAUGGUGUGCCAAUAUGCCUGAAAGAGGGUGAUAUCACCAAAGAGACGGUGGAUGUUAUAGUGAAUUCAACCAACAAAAGUUUAGAUCUUAACACUGUGAUAAUCUUGCUCUCUGCAGGACGUGGUGGCUUUGCCCCGAAAGAAUCGAUCAAAGCCAUCUUCACAGCACUCGAGAAACAUCUUAAGGAGCCGAACUCAUCCUGCCUCCGGAGCAUCACUAUAGUGGCAUUUGAACAGAAGACCUUUGAUGACUUUCGUGACCAUUUUAAAGCAUGGAAUAAGCCUGCAUCCGGCAAGAUGCCUGAAAAUCAAGUCAAAAUUGGAAGCAUCAGAAUCGAGGUAAAGAAAGGUGACAUCACUAAUGAAACGGUCCGCGGGAUCGUAAACACCACCAACAUGGACAUGAGCCUGAGAGGAGGCGUGUCGGGUGCCAUAUUUAAAGCGGCUGGAGCGUCUGUGGAGCAGGAGUGCCAAAAGCACGGUCCGUUGCAGAAUGACAUUGCAGCCGUGACCAGCGGCAGAAACCUGCAUUGCGACUUCAUCAUUCACAUGGUCGGUCCGCACUCGGCGGCAGAGGUGAGAUCCCGCGUGAAGAAUGUUCUGGAGCUCUGUGAGGAGAAGCAGAUCACCACGGUCUCCUUCCCUGCCGUGGGCACUGGUAUGGAUUGUGAGGAUGCCAUCGGUGCGAUGCUGCAGGGCUUUGAAGAUCAUCUGGCUCAAAACAUCUCGACUGUGAUCAAGCUCAUCUACAUUGUGAUUGACCGGGACAACGUCCUAGGUUGUGUCUCACUCCGUCUGACGGCUUUUGUUAAAGGUGAGGAUGCCAUCGGUGCGAUGCUGCAGGGCUUUGAAGAUCAUCUGGCUCAAAACAUCUCGACUGUGAUCAAGCUCAUCUACUUUGUGAUUGACCGGGACAACGUCCUACAAGAGUUUCAGAAAGGUCUCAAAACAUGGAUUGCGAAUACACAGGACAGUGAAGAUGAUGAGUGGGAGGAUUACAGCUCAACAGAAGAAAGCUCCUCGUCUGACAAAGGAGCCAACGCAAACCCAGUGGAGGUAAUGAUGGGCCCGGUUAAAGUCAGGGUGUUUAGCGGAGACAUCACCAAAGAGACUGUCGAGGCCAUUGUAAACAGCACGACGACAAGCCUCGAUUUCAACACGGGUGUAUCAGGAGCCAUUCUCAAAGCAUCAGGACAAACGGUGGUGAACGAGUGGAAAUCAAAAGAAUGUCCUUCAGGAGCAGGAAACUUGGCUGCUGCAGGAGUUGCCAAUGCAAUGACAGAAGCUCUGACUAACUUUAUGAAGGACUCACCGAAACACCUGAAGCGCGUCCACCUUGUGAUCUUCCAAGCGAAACUGCUGCCAGACUUUCAGGAAGCUAUCAAGAAGUGCAAGAAGAUUUUUCAAAAUGCUUCUGUGCGUCAGGUCAAACCCCUCCAGCAAUCGGUGAUCCCUGUGCUGACACAGCGACCAGCUAUUUGUCUAGCCAAAGAAACGGCCGCUGUAUCGUUCCCGGUUAUGGCCAUUAACAUUUACAGGACGUCCCCUACAAACCUCACCAAGGUCAAGAAUCUCCUGGACGAGCUGGGCAAGCAGGAGUGCUUCAGUAUAGACGUCCAGUUUAGCCACAUCACAGACCUUCCUGAAACGGACAAGAAGGCCAUCAUGACCCUCAGCCGAGCCAAUCAAAUCAGCGUUCUGGUGGCCAGUUCGGGUAAGUUAACAGUAUCAGGGAAGAGAGACGACGUCUUAGAUGCUGUGCUGAAGAUAAACAGCUUCAUCCAGGCAGUGCGAGAACGAGAGAUGCGUGAAGGUGAGGUGAAGUGUCUGCGGGAGACACUGUGCUGGGAGGUGGCUAGAGGAGACCGCUGGGAGUCACUGGAGCCCGGCAUCAGCUAUGACAUAGAGCUCACCAUCUACCGCAAAGAGAAGAGCUUCCAGUACCAGGAGAACGGCGAGACCUACACGGUGGACUUCAACCAGAUGGAGGUCACAAACAGCAAGCGGGAGUCUUGCAGGAUCAAGAGGACUCUGCUGGGAGAUUCUGAUACGGCAAUCAUUCAUCCCCCUCCAACAUGGACCAAAAUGGAUGGACGGGAUUUAGAAAUAAUCACAUUACAAUCAGAUACGGUGGAAUACAAGAACAUAGAAACAGCCUUUCUGAAAUCCAGCAUACACCGUGAUGUGAAGCCCGUCCAGGUUCAACAGCUCAAAGCAAUGACUGCCUUACGUCUGGAGCUCAUGGACAUCAGCAGAGACUGGGUUUCUUCUUUGUGA